CUAUUGGGAGUGAGUAUCAUCACGGCAGCUCUUGCCACGGAGUAGCAGCCGACUGAGCAGCAUAUUUUGCAAGUAUGCCUGCUGGGUCGUUUCGUCCUAGUUUUCAACUCUCUUAACUCUUUAUCUGUGUCGCUCGCGUCUUCUAUUGCUCGUAUAUUCGCUAUUUCUGACACAGACGUCUUGAUGUACACAUUGCUUGCAUUCAUACAGACUUGAUUAACAUAUUGCAACCAUGUCCCUGUUACACCGAUGGUCUCUACCAAGUCGAGGUUUCAUCCGUGAUAAAGCUCAAGAUGAAGAACACAUGGAGCAGACAAAAUACCCUACCAUGCACCUCAGCCAGCUAGGGCCUCGUCGGAGGGCCAAUUUAUCUUCGGUCUUCUCAACGUUGUUCGAGAAGCCUAAGAAUCGCCGCAACAUACGCCGUGAGAAUAACGACAGCCAGGUUGCUGACAACCGGCCGCUACUAGCGUCUCAACGAGAAAAUAUACGACCAGAUGCAGAAGAAUCUGGUUACUCACUUGAAUAUGAGUUUCAAGACCCCGUGGCCACAUUCCAUUCAGCCCCACUGGGGCAAGGUGGCGUGCCCGAACUUCUAUCGAAGGACACGACCGCUGAUAAUGGCGAAACCUCCCCGUGCAUCUCGCCAGGUAUCUUUAUCCAGGGCAAGCCACAAGCCGAUGUAAAACGAUCAGUGCGUUGUUUUAGCCUCUCGAGCACAGUGACUCAUGAAAGUGAUAGUCGACUUGAGGAGUCUCCUUCUACAACGUCUGUUGAGAAAGACAAGGUCCGCGAGAGAAACUUGUCCGCUUCGUCUUCUUACCCAUCCGAGGGUCUGCGUUCUCCUGUUCCUGGGUAUUGCUCGCCAGAGUUGGCUACUCCCCACACGAUGAGAUACCUCGCCGAGUAUCGGCGCUUCGGCCAGUAUCCUUCCAAAAGCUCGUGGCAUCUGGCAAACUUAGACACAGAUGAAACGCCAAUCAGUGCCGAUCAUGAAGGAAAGACCAGCGCCUCCUCAUCUACCGAAAUUGUUUCUCCUGGUUGCUCGAUAGCUGGCCAGAGUUGCAACGUCCAACCCCUCCCUUUCUGCAACCCUUCUGAAAGUCACACCAACCUAAGGUGUGCAGACAAGACGCAGUCGCAGCGCAGACUAAGUAUACUUCAAGGGGUAAGAGCACAUCAGAAACCGUCAUCGACUAGUGAAAUCACAGUGCCGAUCUUAGAAAACGAAGAUGCCGUUUCCUCGCGGCUGGAGGUCAGUUUCAUGAGCUACAGGCGGCCGCAUGCUAAGAGCACGUCCGACGACGACGAUAACAAUUCUCAAGACGGAAGAAACACCAGCUCAGCAAACCAUCUACAUCCCAGCGAAGACACGGAACGAACUAUUGUCACGGCGAUAAAGCGGUGCAGCAUAUCCGAUAACGACGGAACCUGGUCCACGAUCCACGAGGUCAGAGAGCGGCGGUCUUCAUCAUGGAUGAUGCAGCUCUUCUCACUCAAUUCUCCGAACGGCACCGCCCUCGCCCAGCGCCUGCGGAAGAUGAAGAUCAGAAAAUGGGCCAAGAGGGCGUGUUUCAAGACCAAGGCUCGCUUCGAGCUUGUAGGCAGACCCGUGAAACUCGCGUCUCCUCGGCGCAAGUGGCGUCACAGAUUAAAGCAAAGGACUAUGAAGAAAGUGAGGCGGAAUUUCGGAAAGAAGAAGAAUACGAACAAGGAUAUAGAGGGAGGGAAGGAGAGCAAGAAGAAUGCGAGAAGCAAGAAGCUCUGGGAUGUCAGUGAGACCCUAGAAGCUACCAAGAAGCGGACGCGGCACUACCACAGGGGCAUGACGAAUCACCUCUUCGACAACCUCUCCAAGCGAAAGAGUCUACAGUUCGCUACUAUGUCCAAGUCGGGAAAGGAAGAUAGGAUCUGCGAUACCCAUAAACGGACACGAUCGUGUCCCGCUGAUUUAGGGGUAUGAAAAUCGAACUGCUUGAUACAGGCCAUGCGUCUCUGUUUAUAUAUGGUAUUCGCGGGCAAUUCACAAGGAAGCCAAGAGCAUUUUCUGGGUACAUAGAUUCUACCUCUGGGGAACAGCAGCGAGUAUGGUUUGUAAGGUCGAUCACCGGUGACAGCGCAAUUGGUAGAAGUAGUCAAAUACGAUUCUUAUAAGUUGAGCAAGGCGUUCCAAUCUUUUUCCCUUUAGUCCGCCUGCGAAUCCUAGUUCAUAAAGCUUAGUAGCACAUCAAGGGGGGCUUGUUUGAACCUCAAGUCGAGGAUAUCGUUGAGCGCUACAUAAUUAUAGCGAACCAAUGAUCCCCCUUUUUUCAUGUCCGUAAACC